CUCAAAUGGCUGACCAGUAAUGAUGUCUUCGAGAUCAAGGAUGAGAUCGAAGAAGUGAACCGAAAAAUGUUGGAUAAACUGCUCAAUGAUAACGACUUCGUGGCCGUCUAUUUCUAUGAGAAGGACUGUUACGACUGCGAGGAAGUGUUGCAUGAGUUGGAGCACAUCGACGACGAGUGCGAUGACCUGGACAUCAUGUUUGUCAAGAUAAGGGACAGUCGGUACGCCAGGAAGUAUGGCAUCAGCGAAGUGCCGGCGCUCGUCAUGUUCAGAAAAAAGUUUCCGGCUAUUUAUCGCGGCGAUCUGAUGCGUGAGGAGGACGUGUUGGAGUGGUUGCGGAAAAACAGGUACAGACACCCGGAGCUGAAUCUGUUUAUGUAUGCCUUGGCAUCGAUUACCGGUGCGUUCAUUGUCUAUACUCUGUUCCUCAUAUUUUGCAUAAAGGCGCCCAAAAGUGCCACCAAAAAAGACUAAUAAGUGUAGCCAAAAGUCAUCAAAAACUACUACUCCAUCGACAUCACCAUCAAAAUCACCAAAACCUAAAUGAACCGAUCGAUUGGGGGAAUGGGAUGCAA